AUGGCAGGCCCACACGAAGACAUCUGCGUGUUCGAGUUUGAUGACAGCGAUGCAGAGGAGGACCAGCAGCCAACGCCCAAGAGGCGCCGCCAGCGGCAGCCCCAGACGCUCAUGGCAGCGCCCGCGCCGCAGCCCGCUGCAGGCGCUGUGGGUGCCGCCCCGCGGCGGCGCGUGCCGCAGCAGCUGCAGUGGCCGCCGCAGCCCACGCGCACCUCUGGAGGUGGCGGCGGCGGCGCCGCGGCGGGCGCGGCGCCCGUGGCGAAGCCGUUCGGGGUGGUGGCCACGGCCGCACUGCCUGCAGGGGCGCAGCUCGGCAGCGGCGGCGCACAAGCGGCGAUGCUCGAAAACAACAUUCAGAUGAUGAGAGAGUACGUGCAGAGGCUUGAGGAGCAGCGGCAAAAGCAGGCCGCGGAGGCCGCCGCUGCCAAGCAGGGCAAGGCCCCUGCCAGGCCGGGCCCCGCUGGCACCGGCGUCAAAACGGCAGCGGCGGCCAAGGGGCCUGUAAAGGCCGCAGGCCCGGCCGCACCGCUGGCCGCAAGUCAGAGCCCAGCAGCAGUCAAGGAGGCGGCGGCAGCGACGGCCACAUCGUCUGGGGCUGCAAGCACACUUGUGAGGGCGGCCGCCGCCAAGCCGCAGCUCAAACGCGCAGGCUCUGCUGGCAAGACGGCCAGCCCAAGCGUCGGCGCGCCGGCCCUGAAGUCGCCGACCGCACGGCCGUCCGCGGCCGCCGCGCAGCUUCCUGCGUCCGGCCCCGCGUCCACCAAGGACUCUGGGGCGUCGGCGCGGCGCGCGGCGGCAGCGGCGACAAACCAGGCAAAGCUGCGCACGCGCGCCCGCGUCAGCAGCAGCCUGCCGCAGCCGGAGCUCGGGCAGGGGCUGCCGCAGGGGGCGCCACCGCCGCAGGGGGCGCGGCUCCCUCAGGCGCUCGGUCCUGCUGAGCAGCAGCAGCAGCAGCAGCAGCAGCAGCAUCCUGCGCCGCAGCAGGCGCCGGAGGAGAUGGGGGGCGUCGUGGGCGUCGAGAACGCGGCCGCGCAGCAGCAGCAGCAGCAGCAGCAGCAGCAGCAGCAGCAGGGGGAGCGAAUUGAGGCGCCUGGAAUCGCACAGCCCCCAGAUGACACGCAGGACGCAAUGGAGUACAUCCUUGGCCCUCUGAUAGAGGCCGGCGCGGCGGGCGCGGCGCCGCAGCCUCUGGGAGCGCCGAGGCGGUGGUCGCGGCGCUGGGCGCCGAGCAGCAGGCGCGAGCGGCGCGGCUGCUCGCGCAGCAGCAGCGGCACCUGA